AUGCUGGUGCAGUGUUUACUACUGGGAUCCUAUGUGCUGAGUGAUGCCUUCGUGAAGCAACGCAGGCCCUAUGAAUCCCUGUUGUUUUCCUUUCUGCAGGAGCUAAGUGUGGCUCUGUACAGGCAUCUGCUUGGCCUUGAGGAGGGCGAAGGUGGCCUGGAUCAGCCUGCAGCUGGAAAGGAUCUGAACCUUCUGUGCUGUGACAUUGAUCCUGUGUUGAUUGAGAGGGCUCAGCAGUGCAGUCCCUUUCCUGCCUCCAUAUCCUUUGCCAGCCUGGACAUCAUGGACUGCAGUGCCAGGGGGCCGUUCUUGAGCUCCCACCUGAGCCGUUUCGGCCGCUCUGCCUUUGAUAUUGGCUUUUGCAUGUCUGUGACCAUGUGGAUCCACCUGAACCAUGGGGAUAGUGGCCUGAUAGAGUUCUUGUCCUUCCUCUCCUCUCUGUGCAAGUACCUGCUGAUUGAACCGCAGCCAUGGAAGUGCUACAGGGCGGCUGCACGCCGCCUGCGGAAGCUUGGCAGAAAUGACUUUGAUCACUUCCGAUCUCUUGCUAUCAAUGGGGACAUGGUGGAAAGGAUAACGGAGAUCUUAACGAAGGACUGUGCCAUGGAAUUGGUGUGUUGCUUUGGUAACACCAGCUGGGACAGAAGCCUGUUGCUUUUUAAAUCAAAGAGAUCAAAUCAUGAGGGCAGGGAGCCCUCGGAACAGGAGCAGGGCUGUGAUUGACAGAAAUGGCCUCUCACAUUCAUGAGUUCUUAGGAAAGAAGGUGUGUACUGGUUACAGAGUCAGAUCCAGGAAUUGCUAAAUGCCUGUCAGGAUCAUACCUUGACUUCCCAAGGGAAUUUGGGGCAAGUCACAUUUGUGUGUGGUGUGCGUUUGUUUUUGUUCUUCUCUAUUUGCGAAAUGCAGUGACGGUUUUAACCUGCCUUGUGGGUUCUGAGAUUUCCGUUCCUAGAAGGUGCUCUUGAAACAAAAGUUGCCAGAGAUGUGCUUUCUAUGUGUAUCAAGAAUAUUCCCUGGAAGAAAAGAAAAGAAAAUGUGCCUUUUCAGUCCCCAGAGCUUUUUAAGGAAGGGGAAGGAAAUUGCAUUUCUGUUGGCCCAUGUGAUACGUUGUUUUGCUUCUUGUCAUGUUUUCCUCUAUAAAAUACUUUGGGAAAAUAUAUAAUCUGUUUUAUCAGCCAUGAGCAAAUAAUUUGGGUCAUUGCAUAGGUUGUUUGUUUGGUCAAUAUUUUGGUCAGGCUGUGAUCAGUACACCUUUGUUUUUAUCAGGUAAGACUUGCAUGGGAUAUGCUUUGAAGCCUGACAGUGGUGUGAGUGUGUCUGUGUGUGUUUUGUUGUGGUUUUUUUUUGGCAGAG